AAAAAUUAAAAAAUAUUUAUUGACGAAUGGUGAAAAUGAAUGUCUUGAAUGAUUGCCUCCGUUCUAUUGUGAAUGCUGAAAGAUAAGGAAGAAAGCAAGUGUUGAUCAGACCUACAUCAAAAUUGGUUGUGAAGUUCUUAUAAGUUAUGCAAAGACAUGGGUACAUUGGCGAAUUCGAAAUUGUUGAUGAUCAUAGAAGUGGCAAGAUUGUUGUUGAAUUAUUGGGACGCAUCAAUAAAUGUGGUGUGAUCUCACCCAGAUAUGAUGUUACUUUAGGAGAAUUCGAAAGAUGGGCCAAUAACAUUCUCCCAGCCAGAUAAUUUGGAUGUGUUGUUCUCACCACUAAUGUUGGAAUUUUAACCCAUGAAGAAGCUAGAUAAAGACAUAUUGGAGGCAAAAUCCUUGGUUUCUUCUAUUGAUAUCAUUAAUAAACAUAGUACAAUAAUAUAUAUAUUGAUAUACGUCAAGUG